AAAAUAAAAUGCCCAACUGACUGUCAAUCAAAUUGAAAGUUGCUUUUGGUUCGUGUUGAAUAAUUCGUUGUGUGGUGUUAUUUUCCAUGGUUGUAAGUUGGAAUAAUAAGCUUUAUAGAGAUGGAUAGAUCUUUUGACAUAAGUUUUAGUAGUUAUGAAGAUUAUCCCACGCAUAAUUCAACUGGGAAAGGGGACAUAAGUAUAACCGAUCAGCUAGCAAGACUACGGGUAUCGGCGUUAACAAAAGCCGCCGAAAUUAGUCCGUUGGUAAAAGAAGUGACUAUCGGUCCUAAGAGUCCGCUAAAGAAGGAUGAGAUUAAGGAAAACUUGACUAACAUCAAAGAUGAAAACAGUGACCAAAACUUGGUAGAAGAUAAACUCCGUGAAGACCUCCGAUACACACUUAUUAUGAAAGAAUAUGAGAACAAAUUCCAAGAGGCUUCUAUAGAAAUAUUCAAUGACAUGGUACACAAUAUGUUGGCCAAGCGAGCAGAAGUCAUGGCGACGUUUUGGACCCGACAAGGUGAAGUUUGUGACAGGCGAGCAUUAGAGCUUAAGGCACGAAAGUUUCAAAUGCUUAAAGAAUUAAAGGAAAAUGACAAUUUAUCAGUUUUGAACAAAGCACGCAUAGAUGAACAGAACUGCAAGAUUAUCAACACAGAAAUUAUAGAGAAUAUGAAUAAGAUAUUAGAGGAACAGAAUAGAGCCAUGGCUAGAUGCACAGCGAUCACACAAAGCCACAGUCAAAUAUGCUCAUGCUAUAGUGAAAUAACUGACAUCCUUAAGGCAGAGCCACUUGCUAAGUCUGUCUGUGAAACAUACACAACUGCAAUAAACACUGUCCUAGGAAAUAUUAACCAUAUUAUGGAUAUUUGUAAAACUGGUGCUACAGACAAAGAUGUUAAGCAAGCAGAAAUACUUUCAUUGAAUAUUGAAAAUAUUAAAAGAAAAAUCCUAGAUACUAUAGAUACCAUCAAAAGAGAAGAAAAGUUAAAAAAGCAAAAAGAGGCUGAGGAAGAGUUAAGGAGAAUAGAGUUAGAAGAAAGAGAAGCACAAGCUUUGAAAGCAGCUCAAAUGGCUGCUGCGGCCAAUGCUGAAAAAAUUAAGUUGGAACAACCUAAGAAGACCAAACCAGUGUUUUAUUCACCUGAAAACUAUAACCACUAUGAAAACCUCAAGACUUAUUUGGAACAAUAUGAAGCGCAGUAUAAUGAUUUAUUACAAAAUCCUAAUUUAAAGAAAUUCAGAUUUGACUGUCAGAAAGCAGUCAAUACCCCUGUGAAUGCCUUGUCUUCAGUCAGUGCAUCACACAUGAGGGAUAAAUAUGAGAAACUAUCCAAAUUACUCAAAGGGGAGACAGUUAAAGUAUUAGAUAUCCAUGUGACUGCGACUCAGCAUCCACAAGGACUGUUUUACUGCACAGCAUUGUUAGCUAAGAAAAUAGUGAGACAAGGUGAUCUAUUAGUAUCCAGUAGUACAGAAGCUGCAUAUCCCCUUGCCGCUGUCACUGCAGCUCUUUGGGCACAAUUCCCACACUUUGGGAAACUAGUUGAAGCUAACUUCCAUAGAUACUGCCCUUACAUAGUGCCAAUGUUUAUGCCUCAGAAAGAAGGUCAGUCAGACAAAGAGUUUUACUUGUCCAGGGGCUACACGUACAAUGAUGAAGGAGUUGUUGAGAAACAGGACAAGUUUCUGAAGAGGAUGUCUGGGAUAUUUAGGCUACAUUGUGCAAUAUGGAUAGCUUCUAUGCCUAAGUUUCUAAACACACCAAAUGCUCAUGGGCUGAGAUAUGGAUGGCGAUGGCUAGCAUCUUUUCUGAAUUUGAAACCUGAACCUGAUAUAUCUGCAACAUUAGUUCAUGACUUCUUUAUCAUGUGUGGCUCAAAGUAUGACAAACACUAUGGGAGACAAUUUAGAAAAAUACUAGAGUUGACUAGUAAUCAGUAUCUAAAAGUACUGGAAAAUAUUGAUGAAGGUGGACCCAAGACCAGAUUAGAAGUUUAUCUCCAGACUGUAUUAAAAUCUAAUGUUGUGCCGGCACCCCCAGCUUCAACACAAAUAAAUUGGUGAUACUCAAACUAUGGGUACAUUCAAUAACUUAUGAAUUUAUGAUCCAAGACAUUUUAACUGACAUGAACUUUUUGUUAUGAUACAGAACAAAUUUUGUGAUUGAUUACUUAUGUCUGUAUAUAAUGUAAGCAACCAAUGUAAUUAUAAGUGAAAUGAUCAUGUUUUUAGAUAAUAAAAAAAUGUUGAUUGUG